UUAGAACUCGUUACCUAAUGCACUUCGGGCUAAAAUGAGCUCAACUGGAAUAAUUUCAUCCCGUGAUCUCUCAUUCUGGGAAAGUCUUAAAAGAUGCUUUCCUUCCCGAUAGGGUUUCUUGCCAUUUGUAGUCCCAGUGUAGUGUUAGAUGCUGGGUUACAAGAAUCUUAAACUCAAACUGAAUGUUUAACUGGAUUAGCAAAGGGCAGUCUCAUGACUAGCAGGACUAGUUUAUAGCUUUCAACGGUUUCAUACUAAAUUACAAUGUAUAAAGUUGCAGAUGUGCACAAGAAGACGAGAAGAGAUUUCAUACCUUAUUUUCUAGGGCUAGUAAUAGUUUUGUAUUGCACAGUUCAUUUUGUAUCAUUCACUGCAAAGACAGCUCACGACUCACAUCCUUCGAGAGUGCGCAGGGCUGUGGAGAAUGACACUGAGUGCAUCUUACCGCAGUCCUCAGAGUUUCCAGACGGCUUUUUCACUCUGCAGGAAAGAAAGGAUGGAGGGCUAAUCAUACAUUUCAUGAUUAUUUUCUACAUGUUUUUGGCUGUUGCAAUAGUGUGUGAUGACUACUUUUUACCAUCUCUGGAAGUCAUAAGUGAACGUCUGGGACUGUCUCAGGAUGUAGCGGGAGCCACAUUCAUGGCUGCUGGGAGUUCUGCGCCUGAACUGGUCACAGCUUUUCUGGGUGUUUUUGUGACGAAAGGAGACAUCGGCGUGAGCACUAUAGUAGGAUCAGCAGUUUACAACCUCCUUGGAAUCUGUGCCGCAUGUGGACUCCUGACUUCUGUGGUGGGCCGCCUGACCUGUUGGCCCCUCUUCAGAGACUGCCUGGCAUACGGCAUUAGUGUUUCUGCAGUUAUUGCCAUCAUUUCCGAUAACAAAGUGUACUGGUACGACGCGGCGUGCCUGCUGCUGGUCUACGGGGUGUACAUUGUCGUGCUGUGUUUCGACCUGCGCAUCAGUGAGUACGUCCUCAGGAAGUUCAGCCCCUGUUGCACCUGUCUGGGCAAGGGGCACGGCGAACGCAACGAGACCCAGCCUCUGAUGGGCUGGAGCGAUGACACCAGUCUGAGGGUGCACAGUCGCUCCAGAACCGACAGUGGGAUCUUCCAGGAUGACUCUGGCUACUCUAACCUGUCCCUCAGUCUGCAUGGGCUCAACGAGAUCCCUGAAGUAUCGAAGAGUGUGUUUGCCAUGCCAGAGAACGAUCUGAAGCGGAUCCUUUGGGUUCUGUCUCUGCCAAUCAUCGUUUUGCUGUUCCUGACCAUUCCAGAUUGCCGGAAAAGGUUCUGGAAGAAAUGGUUCAUGAUCACGUUCCUCAUGUCUGCUGUCUGGAUCUCAGCCUUCACAUACGUACUUGUGUGGAUGGUCACCAUUGUUGGAGAGACCCUCGGAAUCCCAGACACAGUAAUGGGUCUGACUUUACUGGCAGCUGGAACAAGUAUCCCCGACACUGUGGCCAGUGUAAUGGUUGCCAGAGAAGGGAAGGCAGACAUGGCCAUGUCCAACAUCGUGGGCUCCAACGUUUUUGACAUGCUGUGUCUGGGCCUGCCCUGGUUCAUCAAGACCGUGUUUGUGGACACGGAGAAUCCGGUGGAGGUCAACAGCACGGGCCUGGUGUUCAUCUCCGCCACGCUCCUCAUCUCCAUAGUCUUCCUCUUCGUGGCCAUUCACGUCAACGGCUGGAAGCUGGACUGGAAGCUGGGACUGAUCUCUCUCUUCUGCUACAUCGUCUUUGCCACACUCGCCAUCCUGUACGAACUGGGAAUUAUCGGGAAUAACCCUGUCAGACUGUGCAGUGACUGACAGCACCGUAUGGGAACAGGACUCAAGUUGGUACUAUUACUCUAUAAAAACCAGCCCCAGGACGGCACUUGUCAAUUCCUGUGAUCCACAAGAUCCUAUUCUCAACCAAUUGGACGCUUCUUGGAAUAAAAGGAAUGGAAUAAUACAAGAC